AUGAUCAUCCCACCUUCAUUUGUCAAUCUCUCAGAUUUGGAGACUUUGUAUGUUGAUGGUAGUGCGAGAGUUUUGUUGCCAGAUACCCUCUGGGAUAUGAAAAAAUUAAGGCAUCUGGGAGGAACUAGUAUGUGGGUACUACCAUCACUGAUUCCUGUAGCCAAUUUAGAGAACUUGCUGACACUCUCGGAAGUAGAAAUUUCCAGUUGUCAAAUCAGGAUAGGAGUAUUGAAGAAGUUACCUAAUCUCCGUAGCUUAAUCUGUUAUCUUGAUAUGGAUGGAGAGUGCACUGUGGAAUUUUUCACUUUGAAUCAACUCGAAUCACUCUUCGUCAGAUCUUCACAUUCAAUUUUAAGUGGGUUGUACCUUCCCCAGAGUCUAAAGGAGCGCUCUCUGCUAUGGAUUGGCCUUCCAUUGAGUGAAGUUUCAGCUAUUGAGAGACUACCGAGUCUUGAAUUUCUGAAAUUGAGUUACAGCUCAUUUUCUGGGGAAAAAUGGAACAUGGAAGAAGAAGGAACAUUCCCCAAACUCAAUGUUUUGGAAAUAAAAUUGAUGGUGAGUUUAGAGAGAUGGACAACAGCCUCGGAUGACAACUUCCCGUCUAUUGAGACAUUGAUACUGAAUGAUUGCCCUCGCUUAGAGGAGAUCCCUUCUUGUAUAGCACAAAGUUCAACCCUUCAGAUGAUUAAGGUGAAUGACUGUCCACGAGUCAUUAAUUCGAUAAAAGAAAUUCAUGAAAUGCAAAUGGAUUUAGGAAAUGAAGAUCGACGGAUAUAUCUCAAUGACCAACCACUAACAAAAGAGUAA